AUGACCAUUUCUGGCCCAGUGGCUUGUUCGACUUCUUCACGAAGGACCACUGCAGGGCGGAGUUCAAGCGCAGCAACCGUCGCUAGUUCAGAGCACGAUCUGAAUCGAGAGCAGCAGCAGCUUUAUCUGUACUAUCACAACGCGAAGAUCUGCAUCAUUCGACCCUGUCUAUGCCGGCUGGACCUGCGUAUAAAGGGACAGAGUGAAGAAUUGAUUCAGUUCAAUCACAAGGCCGCUGAGGCCUGCAUAGGCACGGCUCUAGCUAUUACCUUCAUGAUGCCAGACACACCAAAUAUCGCGUGGUUUUAUGGGAAAGAUCCCUGGUGGUGUGCUAUUCAUAUCAUCAUGCAAGCCCUCACGGUCUCACUUUCUGAGCUACCGUUGGACGGUAUCGACUUGACGAUCGAUGAGUCACAUGUCGCAUCCUGCGUUGAUAAGCUUGUCCAAUGGCUGGGUUCGAUGAAGUCCCUUGACGCAGUCAGCGAGAGCGCAUAUAACGUUGUGGCUAAAAUCUUGAAUAAGCAGAGCAAACAAGAAGCGGCUCAUCGGCAACUGUCCCAGCCACAGCCGACUGAUCCCUACCAACAGCCACACGACGCGCAAGAUACAACCGUUAACCCGCAGCAGCAGUACCAGCCGUAUAGUCAGUCUCGUAAAGUUCAACAGACAUAUGUUGCAUGGCCAUGCGCUGAUCCAUUCCAUAGCAACAGCUUCUACCCUCAGUCCAAUACAGACAAUUUCCAUCUCAAAAAGGUCUCUGGGUUUGAAUACCUGAACAAUCCUAACGCGGGGCUGAUAGAUUUCGGCUAG